GUACAAAUUACGGCCGUGGACGAGUUGUAUGUGGAGCAAGAUGCAGAGGGCUCUGUGUUGAAGCAAAUCGCUCGCGUGCGCUUGUUCUUCUUGGGCUUCUUGAGCGGCAUGCCGGACGUGGAGCUGGGCGUGAACGACCUGCGGCGGCAGGGGCGCGAGGUGGUGGGCCGCCACGACAUCAUCCCCGUCGUCACCGAGGAGUGGAUCCGCGUGGAGGACGCGCAGUUCCACGCCUGCGUGCAGCCCGACGAGUUCACCGCCACGCAGAUCAUCAAGUUCAAGCCACCGGACGCGUGCUACAUUGAGCUCAUGAGGUUCCGAGUGCGGCCCCCAAAGAACAGAGAGCUUCCUCUUCAGCUGAAGGCAGUGUGGGUCGUUACCGGCAAUAAGGUGGAGCUGCGCGCGGACGCGCUGGUGCCGGGCUUCGCGUCGCGCAAGCUGGGGCAGGUGCCGUGCGAGGACGUGUGCAUCCGCUUCCCCAUCCCCGAGUGCUGGAUCUACCUGUUCCGCGUCGAGAAGCACUUCCGCUACGGCUCCGUCAAGUCGGCGCACAGACGUACGGGUAAGAUCAAAGGCAUCGAGCGGUUCCUGGGCGCCGUGGACACGCUGCAGGAGUCGCUGAUCGAGGUCACCUCCGGCCAGGCCAAGUACGAGCACCAGCACCGCGCCAUCGUCUGGCGCAUGCCCCGCCUGCCCAAGGAGGGACAAGGCGCGUACACGACGCACAACCUCGUGUGCCGGAUGGCGCUGACGUCGUACGACCAGAUCCCGGCGGAGCUGGCGCGCUGGGCCACGGUGGAGUUCACGAUGCCGGCCACGCAGGUGUCGCACAUGACCGUGCGCUCCGUCUCGCUGCAGAACCACGACGCCGACCCGCCCGAGAAGUACGUGCGCUACCUCGCGCGCCACGAGUACAUCGUGGGCAUCGAGCGCACGUCGGGGCAGUUGGCGCCGGCCUACGAGUGCGCGGCGAGCGUGCCCGCGCCCGCGCCCGCCCCCGCGCCCGCGCCCGCUCUGCCGCCCGUGCCCUCCUCGGACUCCGACUCCGACUAAACGCCGCGCCCUGCGGCCCUCCGCCGUCUGAAGGGCACACGCCACGCGAAACCUCAACGCGAUCAGAGUCCCGAUUACGGUAAUUUUUAACGUCUA